AUGAUUUCACACUCGGUUUGAGAAGGAUCGCUAAAAUCGUGCUUAAAGGUAUUAUUAAUUUGGAAACGUUGAUUAGCUUCGACUAAAACUGGUUCAAUAGUUCAUAGAGAUUGUUUUACAAAACACGUUCUAUGGGGUGUUGAGUUGGUUGAGCUUAGAUCAAUACUCAAAACUGAUCAAGGUGCACGGUUUUGGGGGAAAUUGUGCAACAAAAUAAAUAGACCUCCCGCACGAGGUCUGUACGUUACACAUCUGUGGGCCGGUAAAAGUUCGGCAGCGAGAAAAACAAGAAGAACUCCGCACCGUAUAAAGUUGUCAGAAAAUUCGAUAAAAAUUUUCCCGUGCCGUGUGAUUGUCGCGUUCACGCAAUGAUUAUUGUUCGGGAAUAAGUGGGAAAACGGUGAAUUAAAGCACGGAAAUUUUGCUCAAAAUUUCUGUUAAUGGCCUGAAUGUUCGAAGAGAAGUGUUGAAAGAUAAAUCGGAGAAGCGGAAGCUCGAUUUGUUUAUCGUGUCUGCUAAGGUGUCCAUCUUGCGUGGUGAAGAAAGUGAAGUGCGAGAAUCGGCAACAAAAGUAUAAAAAGGUGCUACGCCAUCCCGGUCAAGUUUAUCCGGUUUUUCCUAGCUUGGUGACCGCUGUAUUUGCUGGUGAUCUCUAGUUUGGAGUAUUGAAACCCAGAAGAAAGUGUGUCGAUCAGUGUUCGUAGAUAAAAAUUUGAAGAAAAGUUCAAAUGACCCUGCAUUCGCUGUUACGGCGUCGGGAAAGUGGGUUCCCGGUGCGGUUCGGCGACGGCGAUGCGGUGCACCGAGCCAUCUACUACUCGCUGGAACCGAAAAAGAGCUGGAACGAUCAGCGGAACGCCUGCAAUACCUGCGAGUAUGGGGGAGCGUACAAUUUAGAAUUUUCCCCGGAUGGAUCGAUCCUGGUGGCGGCUUGCGAGAAGAAAACGAUCGUACUGUUCGAUCCGAUCACCGAGAAGCAGAUGUGCACCAUCAAAAAUGCCCACAACGAUAGCGUUAAUUGCGUCAAAUUCCUCGACAACCGUAUGUUUGCGACCUGUUCGGACGAUUCGACCGUUGCCCUGUGGGAUACCCGGAAUCUCAAGUCCAAAAUACGCAGCCUCCACGGGCACUCGAACUGGGUCAAAAACAUUGAAUACUCAAAGAAAGACUGCCUGCUGGUGACGUCCGGCUUCGACGGGUCCAUCUUCACCUGGGACAUCAACAGCUACACCGAGCACGGGUUCGUGUAUCAGAAAGUGUUCUACACGCCGGGUCUGAUGCGAUGUCGCCUAGUGCCGGAUGAAAACCGGCUGGUCAUCUGCACCACCGGCGGCUAUCUUAUCAUCAUCCACAACCUCAAUCUGGCCUCGCUGGCUAAGGAUCUCAGAGGGUUUAGGCCCAAUCUGUACCGGCUCAUGCAGCUGCGGCACCAGUUCAUCCCGAAUGCGGCCCGGUACGAUCACGCCUUCUCCCGGAAGCAAAAGUACAACCGGGUGGAGCUGGUCACUGACUUCCCGGAAGGCAACGACGCGGAAGUUAUCAGCUCACUCCAGAUUCAUCCCCAGGGGUGGUGCGCACUCAGUAGGAACAUGAGCUAUGACGAAAGCUCAGAGUGGAGCUGCGUGCACGACAUCCAGGAGCUUACGACGGAAGACGAAGAAAUGGACAGUGACAGUGACGAGGAUGGCAACGGCAACAACGGGUCCGAGCACCGCAAUCAGGAUUCUUCAACAGCCGGCGAAGGUGGAGGUGGCGGCGGGGGUGGUGGUGCUGCUGAGGGUGGAGGUUCAGCGGCAGCUGCUGCUGCAGCGGCCCUCGUCAACGCGGCUGUCGGCGAACCAACGGUGCCGGAACCGAAUCGUCUCGGCGCACCUCCGGCAGCCGCAGCUGGAGUCAUCAAUGCAGAAUUUCCUACCCCUAAUUCGGACAUUUGGGCGGCAGAAGUGUCGCUGCGAAACAGGAACCUCCGGGCCGAGAAUACCCGAUCGUUGAACAUGACCAACGUGUACGGUAUUACCAGCGGAUUGGUUCCUCUUAGUCCGGCCGAACAUCAACAGCGGUUUCAGCAAACAAUAACGGUCAACGUGAACCGGAUGUUGUACUACAUCGAGGAACCGAACAAGGGCAAAGGGUUCAUCAAGGAACCGUGUUUCUCGGCCGACGGGCGGAUCAUCUGCUCCCCGCACGGUUGCGGCAUUAGACUGUUAGCGUUCAACGAGCGCUGCAACGAACUACCGUUCAUAACGGAUCGCAGCGGAGGUGGCCCUGUGGAUCAGCAGGGCCCAAUCCAACCGAAGCCCCUCUACGAAAUCAAGACUAAGCAUUGCCACUCGGAUGUGGUCGUUAGUAGUAAGUUCAGUCCCAAGUUCCCGCUGCUGGUGUCCGGUUGUUUGCGUGGUAAAAUAGUUUGGCACCAACCGGUGCUGUAAGGUGGAUGCGAGACGAAUGAUUAACGAGUACGAAUGAAUGACUGAAUGAAUGUUUUCGCGAGGUAAGACACUUCGGCCUGUAUCCGAACAAAUAAACCAACCAACCAACCAUCCGUGAGGAGUUGUACUUAUUUCGAUGGAACAAUUAUGAUGUUUGAGACAACAACAUGUAAAACUUAAACUAAACUCAACAGCGUGCCGAAAAUCGUGUACUAGAGCUAACUUUGGGGCGAGUAUUCUCCUAUCACUCGGACUAAAGGAUUCCACUAUCAAACUUUACCUCCUACGCCCAACGGCUUAUGUUUGACUUGUACGUACCACUUGCUCAAUCAUCAGUUUUACUAGUAGACGGUAAACGUGAAUCCGUUCGACCCGCGUUCUGGCGUGAGAGGGAGGCAAAAUUAUAAAAAUUUGAUGUGAAAACAAAUUCAUCACGAUGUAAUCAUUUAACGAUGUAAUAAUAACAACAAACAGCAAGUCGAUUGUGAA